AUGGAUGAGGACCAGCUUACCAAUGACGUGGACCUGGAGUGCUGCGAGGUGGAAGCCUGUGACUUCUUCCUCAGCGCGCCCGUGGGUUUCGGCUUCCUUGUGACGUGUCGUGACAAGACGCUGCGUUUUGCCACGGACACAGAGGAGUCACGGGAGGCCUGGAUUCGCGCCCUGGCCGCGGCAGAUUCGCCGAAUCGACCGCAUGAGCAAGCGGCACCGGCGCCAAUGGAGGCGUUUCUGGACCUCACAGAUAUCCCGGAGCUUCCGGACUCGGCGAAAGGUGAAUCCCCGGGCAAAGCCAAAGGCGCCAAGGGCGCCAAAGGAAAGGGCAAAGGCCCCGGCAAAGGAAAGGUUCCGCCAAUACCGCCGCCGCCGAAGGCGGCGGGCAAGAAAGCGGCCGCCAAGAAGGCCUCCGCCCUGCCUUUGGGCCGGCGACUCUCAGUGCGGAUGCUCAACGAGGAUCAGGUGGCUGCCUUCGCCAUGCACGGGGAGAGCUCUGCGACAGCGUCGGAGGAGGAGGAGGUGCGGACAGCACGGACCACCGACCGCUCGGAGGCCCCGGCAGUGGACGUAAAGCAGCUUGACCUCGAGGCCUUGCGCAACACCUUUGGGGCGCAGGCAAAGGAAGCGGUGAUGUCCGCGAGGACCCGGGUGCGGAGCCCGCGGGGCCUCGAGCUUCUGCCGCGCUCCGCGGCGCAGAACGUGGCCAUCGUGUUGAAGAAGCUGCGCCUGGACACCGCAGGACUGGCGGAAAGUCUAGAUCAGCUGCAUCCUGCAGAUUGCCCUUUGUCGGCCGAAGAGUGUGAACGCUUCAUCCAGGUGCUGCCCCCAGCGGAGCUGCUUCGGCCGUUGGCGGAGUACCAGGGAGACAUCACAAAGCUCCGCGGCGAGAAGUAG